AUGGCGGCCACGUUCACAUGCCAGCGCCCCGAUCUUCCUGGUGGCUCUUCCAACCAUCGUCCUCUUUCUCCUACGAUCUCUUCCCCACCGCUCAGCCCAGCGCCAGAGCAUACAUCUACACCUACAUCCUAUUUGAUGACAAAAGUCCCUUCUCUCUCCAUCGUCUCACCCGGUGUGAACGACCCUGAUUCAAAAGAAGUAUACGCCACUACCCUCGAAGUCACCGAUAUCACCGUGGGGGCAGGCAGUCCGCCCAUCGUAUCUAUCCCAGUAGCCGAUGAGCAACUCUCGGACGGUAUGGAGACCACCACCACGACUACCCCAUCAUCUUCCACGAAAACAAAUAGUCGACGAACCUCCAAACGCAAAAGAACAACCUCACCUCCAUCACCAACAACAGCAACAACCAAAUCUCCCGAGCAGCUUCACUCCUCGCGACGCUCCAGCCCUCACAGCCAACACAGCUCUCUCCACUCACACCGUCGCUCCGCAACCACAGCUUCUAUAACACCGAUCUCCGACCGAACAGCCCGGCGUGAAGACCUGAUAGCUCUGCAUCGUGAAUCAUGCCGUCUAUUCCAAGACGACGGCCUCUCUACAUCCAAACCUAGCCCACGAGCAUCAGCAUCAGCAUCAAUAUCAGCAUCUCGACCCCCAUCUUCCAGCACAUCACGUACUCCUCCACGCCCUUUGCGCUCUGCAUCCAACGCCAGCUCCCCACCUACCAUGCGAACACCACUCUCCAUCUCGACUUACCAAGACCAAAGCAACCAAAACGACUCCCCACGGGGUCCAAUCCGCGCAGCUACAUUCAGUGCCUACGAGCCAGCAUGCACGUCUCCCGUGCAACCCACCGUCACCGUGAUCGACUGGACAUCGCCCUCCACACGGAGGCGCGAAUACGAAAAGAUCGACCGCGCCAGUAGUGGAGUCCGUGGAUUCUGGCGCCGAGUAGCGCCGCGAUGGUGUCAAUUCGGAGACCACCGCACGCCGUUCUUCGAAGAGGGCAAGGAUGGAAAGGGGAACUAUGAGGGGAGUGUACGGCGGUUCCGUAUGGAUUUGCCAGAAGAGUGCGAGAGUAAGCGGGGAGGGAGGAGCCUUCCGAAGGGUUUCAAGUUAAGCCGGAAGACGGUGAUUCAUCGAAUGGGAGGGAGAGUGAAGACUGCUUAA